GAAUGACAGCUAUGCUAAUGGACAGCAAUGAAAAUAUAAACAAAUUGAAAGUGAAUAGAUACAUUUAGUUAUCAAGUGAUUUUUGAGAUUGUUGAAUCUAAAUUAAAAACAAAAAAACGAAGUAAAAUGGUUUGUGAAAAGUGUGAGAAAAAAUUGGGAAAGGUAAUUACACCAGACCCAUGGAAAUCCGGUGCCAGAAAUACAACGGAAUCGGGUGGCCGUAAAGUAAAUGAAAAUAAAGCUUUAACUAGUGGAAAGAAUCGAUUUGAUCCAGUCGGUCAGACUCUUCGCCCCUGCCGGAUUUGCCGAACGAAGGUCCAUCAAGUCGGAUCGCAUUACUGUCAAUCGUGUGCUUACAAAAAGGGCAUCUGUGCGAUGUGCGGCAAAAAACUUCUCGAUACCAAAAAUUAUAAACAAAGCUCGACAUGAACACCAUUUACACAAAUUACCAACCCGAUCGGACCAAUAAAGAAAUCAAUCAUUAGUCGUUUUUGUCUUAAAAUUGACUUCAUUCAUCAAUGAAUUGACUUCAGUUGAUUGUAGUUUUAAUUGAAAUUAGUUUUAGCAAUUGUUUGUACAUUUAUUGUGUGUAUUGAAUUUAUUCAAGUCAAUUGGUUCAAUUCAUUGAAAUCAAGCGUAAAUUUUAAGUCCAAAUGUUGAGUUCAAAAUUGGAGAGAUGCAAAAACAAAAAUGUUCACUCUAAAAAAAAC